UCGCUACGCCCGAUCAUUUCACACUUUUUUAUUUUCUCUACGAUCGUGCCGACUGCUAUGGUAUAUUGUUUUUCACUUAAAAGUCCGCCCGAACUGUAAAAACGUAUUUGAAGUGGGCGCGCGACACCGGCGGUGGCCGUCGCUCGACACCGCCCAACGCGCCGCGUAGCCUGAUCGAAACCAAAAUGGCAGGACGAAGCAGGCUCAAGGGCUGUGAGCGAGCUCACCUCUGACCGAGCGGUUCUGUUCGCGAAAGGGAUGUGUCUUGUUAUAUAAAUGUUACGCAAGUUGAGGACGGAGUGCCCACGAAUAGGUGCAUCGGUUGUUACACGAACUACGAUACGGGGCAGUUGGUGCAGUGUAAUUUUGGGCCCAUGUAACGCGCGCGAGGAUCUACCAAUAUGAGCGGUUACGGCGUUGGUCCGGGUGGAGGGAUGUCAGCUGGCGGGGGAGACACCGACUCGUUGUCGCGGCGUCUACGUGAGGCGGAGCGAGCGCGGGCAGACGCUGAGCGUGCCCAUGCCGAUGCUCUCGCACAGCUACGCGGUGCUCAGCGCUCACCCCUCGACUCCCUAAAUGUUGAACAACUCCAAUCUAGAGCUAGAGAGUUAGAAAAGAAGGCGGCACUGGAAACCGUUCGUUGCGAAGAAUUGCAACUUGAGCUAUCGUCUGCCCUGCGUGCUCGCGGUGCGUCCUCUGGUGGAAAUUGGUCAGCACCACCUGCGCAGCCGGCUUCUGAAAUCGAACGCAUAAUGGCAAAAAUAGAGCAGGAUAAUCGUAUCCUUGCCGAACUGGAACAUACUAGAUCAACUACGCAUGGUAUGCAAUCCAGUGGAUCUAACCAAGCUUUGGGAGAGUUCCAUUCGCCGACUCCUUCGCCACUACCGCACUCAUACACGAGUACAGCUGGCCACGUGGCCAUUUGUCAGAGCAACACAAUGCCCACACUAUCUUCGCUUCAUGCUACCGGGCAGUUUGCUGUCCCUAGCUCGAACUCCGUAGCCUAUUCUAUAAGUGCGCAUAAUCCUACCUCUUACUCUAAUCCGGUUUCUGCUUACUCCACCAAUGCCUAUUUAACAAACACUCAUCAAGUUACUUUUACUAAUCCCGUAACAGCGCCACUGGUAAACAAUAUCGGUCAAAUUUCUAACACCUUGGCAGGAUUGCAUAGUAACCUUCAAAAUAUUACUGGUAAUAUGUCAGCCAUGAGUCUUGGUGGCGCUUUAACUGGUCCAACUCUGACAGGAACUAUGGCCGGAAGCGGACUUAGUAGUUGCUUGAAUAACGUGCAAACAAGUUUAUCUGGAGGUCUGACUAAUACACUCGGCGGCAUGCAAUCAACUUUAACAGGAGCUUUAUCUAAUCCUUUGGGAAAUCUCACGGGUGCGACUCAACUUAGUGCAUUGAAUACGAGCUUGACUGGCACGAAUGCAUAUGGAACGACUGGCACUUACACAAAUCCACUAUUGUCUAGUGGCUUAGGAACGAAUACUAUGAACAUUAAACUAAAACCUCUAGAUGAGAUCGAUCUCGGAAUAAGUAGAUUUGGGACUACAACUACAGGCGUGGGUAGAGUGGCAACUCCUGUAACACCGCAUCAACCUUCAUGGAGCUUAGGAUUAGAUAGUCAAUUUGGAGCUGAUAGACUAGGAGGCAUAGAUACAGGAUUCAGCCAUGAUCGAAAUCAAAGAGCUUUGUCAAGGAUCUUACCGAAUUCUGGAUUAGAAAUGGAUGUUCGAAAUUCACAUUAUAUGAAUGGAGGUGCGUCUGGUGAAGCUCAAGUUGACAUGCUGGAUAUUCCAGGAAAAGGGCGCUGUUGUGUUUAUAUCGCACGAUUCUCAUAUGAUCCGCCUGAGAUUGAAAGUGCUGAAGGAGAGUUGUCUAUAUGUGCUGGUGAUUAUUUAUUGGUUUGGGGUCCUCCAGAUUCCAAUGUAUCUAUGCUCGACGCAGAAUUAUUAGAUGGUCGUCGUGGAUUGGUUCCGGCUAAUUUUGUUCAAAGACUGGUUGGAGAUGAUCUAUUAGAGUUUCAUCAGGCAGUUGUAUCUACCCUCCGCGACGUGGAUGAGUCUGCAACUACAGCGGUCAGUGACUUAUCUCUGAGUCGCGAUGUUGCGCGCCUCAGUGAAGUGGCCGAUAUAAGCGAGGGACCAGAAGAUGACGACAAUGUGCCCGCGCCACGGCAGCUCACGCUGGAGAGGCAGUUGAACAAGUCUGUGCUCAUCGGCUGGACGGCGCCGGAGGGAGUUCAGCAGGCCAAUAUCGAGAGCUACCAUGUCUACGUCGACGGAGUUCUCAAGACUACCGUUAAAGCUACUGAGCGCACUCGUGCUUUAGUCGAAGGAGUCGACUCUAAUCGGCCACAUCGCAUCAGCGUCCGUUCAGUCACUGCUACUCGCCGCACGUCACGCGACGCAGCCUGUACAAUGGUAAUUGGUCGUGACACUGCAAAUAUGGGCCCGACAUGCGUGAGAGCCACGGGAGUCACUUGUUCGCAGGCUGUAAUAUCUUGGUUGCCUGCCAACUCUAAUCACCAGCAUGUCGUCUGUGUUAACAAUGUCGAAGUACGAACUGUAAAACCAGGAGUAUACCGCCAUACUAUAACUGGUUUGUCACCAAGUACUCAGUACAGAGUGACGGUAAGAGCUAAACACUUGAGAGCCGGACCUCCGUCAGGUAUACCCAUAGAAGAAGCUCCAGGAGCGUAUACUGACUUCAGAACUUUACCAAAAGGAUUACCAGAUCCACCAAAUGAAAUUAUGGUGGAAGCGGGACCCCAAGACGGCACGCUGCUAGUCACUUGGCAGCCGGUUCUACGCCCUCCAGCUUCUGGCCCUGUUACUGGAUAUGCGGUAUAUGCUGAUGGGAAGAAGGUGACGGAUGUUGACUCACCUACUGGUGACCACGCCCUCAUCGAUAUUGGCAAAUUAAUUGGCCUCAAUCCUAAAUGUGUCACCGUUCGUACAAAAUCUCGAGAUAGUCAAUCUAGUGAUAGCGCACCUACACCUAUUCCACCCGCAGUGUUGCGUGGUGUAGCAUCAAGGCUACCCAGAGGUCCUCAUGCUCUGCCUAACCAAACGGGUGUACCAUACAGAGGUCCGCAACGUCCACAGCCUUAUCAACAUCAGCAACAAGUGAUUGAACAUGAUGAGAAUUUAUCUGAUAAAGAAAUAUUUCCAACCACUAAUCGUCACGAACAACACGCUGCUCAGCCUACGAGUGGAUUCGGCACAGGCCUUCUAAAGAGUAUAUUCGACAAAAUAACCCCUUCGCAAUCGGGAAUACCAGCCAUCGAAAUCACAAAAGAGGGCGCGGCGGAGCUGGGUAGCGAGGAUGAGGAUACGUCGCGUCGCCGCCCGCAGCAACCGUCCCAACCAGCGCAAGCGUCGCAGCAGCCAUCGGGUCAGCCGUACCCGAAUACACAAGCUUACCAUGGCACGCAGCAACCCCCAUAUCAACAAGCCGGCCAGUUUCAAAGUAACCAGCCGGCUCAGUACACCAGCCAGUCGCAGCAAUAUCAAAAUCCACCACCGAGGAACCAUCAUGAGAGGGGUCGCCCUCCUAACCCACAUCAGCAACAGGUCCAGCAGAGCGCCAUGCAGUAUGGGCCACGUGGGGCGCCAUCAUCUGGUCCUCGUGGCCCUCAGCCUGGUCCGCGUCAUCCACAACAGGGACAUCCUCAGUCAAAAAGAAGUCGUUACUUUAUAGCGCUUUUUGACUAUGACCCAGCCACCAUGAGCCCCAACCCCGAAAGUUGUGAUGAGGAGUUGCCAUUUAGUGAAGGCGAUACGAUUAAGGUUUGGGGCGACAAGGAUGCUGAUGGAUUCUACUGGGGCGAAUGUCGCGGACGCCGAGGGUAUGUGCCCCACAACAUGGUGAUGGAGGUUUCUGAGCAAGAAGCUACUGGUCAAGCUGCAGCGGCUAAGCCCCGAGACCGUUGGACUGAUGCCUACGCUACCCAGCCUGUUCGGAGAAUGGUCGCCCUAUACGACUAUGAUCCUCAGGAGCUAAGUCCCAACGUUGAUGCUGAUAGACAACAAUUUCAGGCCGAGCUGAGUUUCCAGACCGGCCAGAUUAUCCACGUAUACGGGGAUAUGGAUGAUGAUGGGUUUUACAUGGCGGAAAUCGACGGCGUCAGGGGCCUGGUGCCGAGCAACUUCCUUACUGAAGCAAAUGAUCAGUAUGCACCCGCGGGACAGACCAGCCAAGGCGUUGCGGGCGGCGUGGGCGGCAUGGGCGGCAUGGGCGGCGUUGCGGGUCCUAGGGGUGCGGGAGGGCCACUGGCUGGCACGGGGCGCGGGCGUGGCGGUAGCGCGGGCGCGGCGCCGGGGCCCGGCGCGCGGGGCCCCCCGCCGCCGCCGCGUGACAACGUUGCGCCCGCGCCCCGCAACCACCACCGGAAGGCAGAUGCCUGCCCUCUUCCCCCUUCUCAGUUAGACCACAACACAUGCGCCAGUAAUCCAGAACAGGCGAAUUCUCAGGCGAGACCGAGAGGCGCGGUGAUCGCACAGCCAGCGAGCACGAUCGCGCGCACGAGCGCUGGUAACGCGGGCACACCCACGGUGCAAUCACCUGGCACCGGCACGGCUGGUACGCCGCUGGGCGGCGCUGGCGCAGCCGUGGUCCCUGGUGUAUCGACCGCCAUCUCCAGCGUGUCCCCCGCGCGCCGCGCCGGCCCCGCCGUGGUGCCUGCACCCACCGCCCAGCCCCUUCCCGCCGCGCAGCCUGUCCCCACCUCCCAGCCUAACCUCAUGCAAAAGUUUUCCGAGAUGACCGCUCCUGGUGGUGAUAUUCUAAGCAAAGGCAAGGAACUCAUUUUCAUGAAGUUCGGUCUCGGAGGUAAAUAAUGUUGGCGGAGCGGGCCUCGAGCCCCCCUCGCCGUCGCCCCUCGUCCGAUAGUUCUUCGAGUGUGAACGACUUUCCGAACUGGCUCGGUUUCUGUUUGGGUAUCCGGUUCGGAGUAAUACUGCGACUGUUCCGGGAGCUCCGUCAGUUUUGGACGUGGGUUCCCAUCAUGGUGUUUUUUGAGAUUUUCUACUUGUAGGCUGGUCGAUUCACAAGUAUGAGAGUACUUAUUAUAUAGGAAAUGUUGUAAAUAAUAUAAAAUUCAAUAAACGCACAGUCUAGUGAAUAUUCAAGUAUUAGUGCUGUCUCGAUAGUACCCACAGUUGGAGUUAUUACACAUAUGAAAUUAGUUGUGUAUCAAAUGUUUUCUAUUCCUCGGACUUUUGCCCGUCUGUUAGGUUAGAUCUUGAGUGAAUUAUUUACACAUUAUUGCAUUGCAACUGCAUUAUUUCUUAUAUACUAUACCUAUAGAUAUGAAAUUAUAUAUAAACGUUAUUGUCUAGUUACAAGUAUUACUUAACACUCCUCGUGCGGCAUAGUAUUGUUGUGAUUUCUUAUAAUUAAGUUUACGAUCGCUAGUUGUGACUUACUUCUUAAAGACUCUUCUAUAAAUAUUAUUUUAUAACAUUUGAUUUCAAAUAGGGACUAAACAAUUCUGUGAAUCAAUACAAAUAUUAUUUAACAACCGUUUCAGUUAGGAGAUCUAACAGGCAUUAUGUCCCAUUGUUACCGUCCUACUGACCAAUAUUAAUUUCUAUUUAUCUCAAUAAUUGUCUGUUGGUACAUUGCAAAAAUAAUCUAUCGUGUUCAAAUCUAUUUAAUAAUUAUAAUAUCAUCUAGGUAACCACAAUUAGCAACCCUACUGGUUUUAAUGUUUAACAAAUACAUUGUAAUAAGGUACAUAUUUAAAUACAUAUUAUUCUCCAUAAUAAUAUUAUCAAGUUUCAUAAUGCAUGUAAUUAUGUAUUGAAUGUUGUAAUUAAUAAUGAUAGGUGCCUAAUAAAAAUUGACAUUAACCAUUAAUGAAGUCAACAGCUGACAAUUGAUAACUUAUAAGAGUUUUAUGUAAGAGCAUUGAAUUUAUACGCCUGGUCCCUUAAAUAUUCUCGAAAUAAUAAUAUUCUGUGAUAGUAGACGUGAUACCAUCUUUAUCAUUCUUAUUAUAUUAUAAUAAACUACUGCGUCAUUUAUCACUUAGUAGAUUUAUAUUUAACAAUUCAGCAACUCCCAAGUUAAAGCAUUACCUAUUUAAAUAAAAAAAAUGGUAUGAUUGAUAAUAUGUAAAGAUAUUAAUAGCUCUGUUUAUAGGAGUUCGAUUGUCUAUGCACUUAUUUGUUUGUUAUCUCUUUUAAACCAAACGGUAGUGAUAUUUUUCAUUUUCAAAUUUUGUUACUGGAAAUUUAUUCCUUCAUACUUUUAAUAAUGGGAUUGAACUGUCUUAUUUUAUUAUAUAGGGUUCGUGAAAGGUAUAAUGAAAAUAGAGUUUUCUAUUCGAUAAGAAACCGACAAGACUGCUUGCUUGAAAGUUUUUGUUUUAGAGGUUACACUAUUUGUACUGCAAUUAAAAAAGUUAAUUGAAACUAAUUAAACUCGCUGUCAUGUUCAAAAUUUUGACGAAUGUGAUUUUUAACGUGACGUAGUUGUAAAAGGUUAGCCCAGCCGAGCGAUGUUGAAUCUAAAUUAUCUAUUAAUGUUCUAAAGUUGUUGUUGUAUAUAUUGAGGGUAAGGUUGCUUGGGUUGUAGGCUAUUUCGAGAUUGCUCACUUCGUACAAGGGAUUCUCUAUUAAGUCCUCUAUAUGCUUCGUAUCUAUUCACGGUUCUCGUUCUCGUGCAUUUCAACUUUUCACAUAUAUAAAAAUCCAGAUUUAGCUUGAGAUUCCUAGUUGUAACCAUCGUAUAUAACAUGUAUAUCCCCACUAUUUAGCCCGUUAUAUUGUAUUACUAAAUAUAUAUUUAAAAUAUUGGUUGUACAUAAUCAUGCGUGAGCUGGGGUCAAAUAUUAUUAGCUAAGCACUGCUACAUAUCUACCUAUAUAACCUGUAUUUGAAGUUUUUCUAUCAUUAACUAAUGGAUAUUCUAGCGUUAUUUCUAACACCGUUCAAGUUGUUCACUUGUUUAUACAUUGUUAUGAAUCUGUAUCCAUAUCUUUUAUCACGACAUGUAUAACUUAAACGUGUAUGGUUAUUUAUACGAGAUACUAUAAAAUAUGUAUAUUAAUCGUGCAUUUAUGUGUGCAUAAUUUAAUAUAAAGAGUUGUAUAUUACUUAUAAUUAUAAUGAAUUAUGGCAAACAAUAUAAUGGAUAAAUCUUUAACAAUGUACCAAGGAAAGAUAUGCUGA